UUUCUGGUGGUGGUAGUGGAAGGGGGGGCGGGGAGAGAAAAAUAAAUUAAAAAAAAGUUUUGAAAGGAUCUGAUCGUUGCAAAUUUGCGAGUGGAACGUGGAAAAGUGUACAAGGGCGGUGCAUUUUGCAAAAGAGGUCCAGGAUUGAGGACUUUGUGUGAGUGCAUUGAGCAGUCCCUCCAUGGAGCAGAGUGCAGGCAGCUGUAUGCGCAAUUCGCAUUCCGGGGCGGCCGUCUGGAGCUGCAUGAGGAAUCCACACACCGGGGCGGGGGUCCCCGGCCUCCACCAUUACCCGUCUCCUUUCUCGUUGUACAAGAAAUCCGAGGUGGCCGACUUCACCGCGUACCCCGACUUCCCCGCUCCCUGCCUGGUGUCGGCGGCGGCGCACGGUUUCCCCGGGGAUGAGAGGGUUUACGUGGAGCAUCACCCGGGCCGCUACCCCCGCCCCGACUGGGGGAGACAAACCUCCUGCCUGUCCGCCGGCUUCGAGACGGGCGCUUCGCAGCCGGCGCUGUGCGCUGCCACUGGGGAUUACAGCAGCAGCAGCCAGCGGGGCAUCGUACCAUCGCAGGUAGACAAGAAACCCAGCAAAAGGAAACGCGAUGUCCUAGAAACUCAAGAUUCAAAUUACAAGUCAGAGUCUAACAACAAGGCCAGGAAAGAGAGGACAGCAUUCACUAAAGAACAGAUUCGAGAACUAGAGGCUGAAUUUGCCCACCAUAAUUAUCUGACCAGACUCCGGCGAUAUGAGAUCGCAGUUAACUUGGAUCUCACAGAAAGACAGGUGAAGGUCUGGUUCCAGAACAGAAGAAUGAAGUGGAAGCGUGUCAAAGGUGGACAACCAAUUUCGCCACAGAGUCAAGAACCAGAUGACGUGGACUGCGUGACUCCUGACACAAAUCUCAGGAACACUGAUGGAAAAAGCCAAAUUGAGGGCUUAGUGGACAGUAAAGAAACAAUGCAGGACGGUAUUAGAUAAAGCCAGUGGCCAUACCCAUCAGAUUUGGAUUAUAUAGUGCCCUUAAAUUUGAUGAGAUCUCCUAUUUAACAUCAAGUGUCAACUUGACCAACCUCAGAGGAAAAUGGGAACAUCAUCUCCUUGGACUCAUUCAGCUUUGAAACCAAAGUUUGUUGAGCACCAUUUAUUGAUCAUGAACAUUUUGUUUUUGUAUUAUAGAAAAAAAAUCAGAUUUCAAAUCCAUGGAUUCAUUAACAAUUUCAACAAAAUCUCAUUUACUUUGCUUUGUUAAGAAAACUUAGCUUGCAGUUUUGUUGUGUACAUAAUGAGAAAAAAAACAUUGGUUCAAACCAUGUUAAAUUAAACAUUAUGGAGCUAAAAUCAGAAAAUGGAAGUGGAUAGUCCUGUAGUGGCAAGUUUUCCAUCGUAUAUUAGGCAUAUGUAAAAUAAACCUAUUCAGUAAAAACUAUGUUAAAUACUCAUUUAUUAUCAUUAAAGAUUUUGUCAAAAUGA